AGCCAUAGUUGAACUGUACUUAGAACUACACAACGCAAUGGCCGAACAAGUGAAGCUGUUCACACGCAAGGAGCUGGAGACGCGCAAUAGCCGCAAGGAUGCGGUACUUAUCAUACACAACGGUGUGUACGACGUCAGCAAAUUCCUCGAAGAGCACCCUGGCGGAGAAGAGGUACUGCUGGAAAAAGCGGGCCAGGACGCCACCGAGCCGUUCGAGGACGUUAGCCACAGCUCCGACGCUAGGUCGCUGAUGAAAAAGUACAAGAUCGGGGAGCUGGUGGAGGAGGACCGCACCAAGACGAAGCCCUCGUACGCGCCCGAGUGGAACGACCAGCCGCAGGAGCAGGGCAACGCGUGGAGCACGUGGCUGACGCCGCUGCUGCUGGGCAUCGCCGCCACCAUCGUGUACCGGUACCUGUUCGCGUAGUGCCGCCCGCCGCCCCGCGCCCCGCGCCGCCCCGCCCCGCCGCUACCACGCUCCAGUUGCAAGCUAAUAAAUAAGAUGUCUUUAUUACGAAAUAAAUGUUACAUUGUUGAGUAGUGCGUGACACCCCUGUACCACGUCAAGUUCGUGCGCAGCAACGGAGCUGCGGGGGGGUGAGGUAAGAGAGUUUAUCGGAAAGAGGGAAGAGGGUAAUACAAAAGGUCGGCUGGACCAUACCACUACCCCUCCCCCCGCGCACCCGUCGCCCCGCAGGCGUGCCGUGCACGACGUUGACUUGCUAGCUUCACGUCUGCAGACAUGACUCGUAUUUGUACGCUAUCACGUACAUUAUCUACAGCAUUAGACGACGGGACUUAUCGCUGUACAUUUAGAAGUUCUAUGUACGAAGAAAAUUGGCGCGCAACGAAUGUUGAUGCCAAAAACAAAUAGAUAAAUGUUUAACUCCUUUUUGCGUUAUUAGACCAUAAUUGAUAAGGUUUAGAGAUCUGGAUAGAUUUACCACAUAUAUCGAAAUAUAAAAAAUCUUCAAUUGAUUGAGAGCUCAGAUAUUACUGAAAAAAAAAACAUCGCUUGAAUACAAAACUACCACUUCUGUAAACCUAGUUCCAUAGGUGUCACAAUGAUGAAAUGUCUGAUAAAGAUGUUAGCUUAUAAUAAAUAACGAAAUCCAGUCUGUACGGCUGUCUGCAGGUGUGAACACAGUUUCAAGUACUCUAUACGCUGUAUAAUGCGAAUAGAUUUCGUUUGGCUUCACUUAGAACAGCUUUGUAAUUGGACAAUUGUAGAUAAUAUUGCAAUCGAUUGGUAUUGUUGUCCAGGUUCGUAGGCGAACCUGCUAGGAUGAUAGUGUUUAGCGUGACUUGACUGGUGUUAUGAAUAAUGUACUGUGCCUUGGUGGUGCGUCCGGCCAUCCCCUCUCAAGAUGCAUUUACGACUGUGGCGUUCGUGUCUGUACUUGUGUGGCCUUCGAACUAAUAUUAAUGUUGAUUAAAUGUGUUGGACUCUAGGUAUGUGAUGAAGAAACUGUGCCCCUAGACAAGUAGCUGACGAAUCUGUCGAUAGAUAUGACUCUGCAUGAGUGUACGAGACAGCAAUGUAUGGCGUCCUGCUCUUUCUUGCGUGUGCAGUUACGAAAACGUAUCUACCUGUAUUCAUUUGUUACUUGUCUAAGGGUGCCGUAAUGACUGCACGUUAAGUUUGAUGAUUAAGUUUUGCCUUGAGCUCCCCACCUGCCGUGUGAUCAGAUUCGCAGUUCAGCAGAAAUAGCAAUGUAUGUUAAACAAAAAUCUUGUAAAUUAUUAAUAACCAAAUGGCAAGCUCGUAAAUAUGUGGUCAGCUAUGAACCGAGAAAUUAUUGAGAACAGAGGCUUAUCAUUGUAUAGUUUUUCGCAAUUUAUUUAUGGUGGCAGAGCAUCGAUCCAGUUGUAGCAACCAAGUUGAACAUUAGAGAAUAUAAAACAUUAAGCAGGCGAUACAUAGUAACUAUCGUCCAAUGAAAAUUAUCUAAUUUUAUAUAUAUAUAUAUAUAUAUUACAAUUAACUUAUAAACCUUAUGAUCGUGCAGGGUAUGAUGGAAUCUUAGCCAACGACGCUCCAACUAUUGACUGCUUAUAUUGUAAGCGAGACUUAGGUCGUGUUUACACCAGACGUACAGCCAGAUAAAUUUAUCAUAAAUUCACUAAAAACUAAAGAUUGAAUAUGUAUAAAAAAUCGUUAAACUCCGUAACCAUUACCACAAACAGUGGACGACCGAAUAGACGUACGGUGCAAACACACCCUUAGUAAUCCUGUUGCCUGUAAGAAUAGCAGCUAGACUUGUUGACACGCUGGUUUUUUAUAUUUACAUUGUUAUAAAGAAAUUUAUAUACUAUAUUAUUUUGCAUGAAUGGCUAUAUUUUAUUUCGAUACUUUAUUAGUAUGUACAAUACAUAAUAAGAGAUGUUAUUUAUAUUACGUUUAAACGAGGCGGUCAGCGGAUACAGUUAUAUACUGGAGUGUGUCUCAAAAUGAUAUUAUAUACAGACGAAACUAUUAUAAGUUGCACUAAAACCAAACUCUAUAUUUGAUAUUUAAACUAAGUAUAAAGCACAAGAACUCUUUAUGUAUGUACACGCCUUUGGGACAAACUGUAUUUACCUAAGCUUUUUAUGUGGGGUAACGCGACAUCCGCGAUGCGGGGUAUAAAAUGUUUAUAAGCUCUUUAAUUUUUUUUAUAAGUGUCAUAGAUAAAGUAACGGUAAUUGGGUAUUUUUUUUUUUUUUUGUAUAUUGGAAUGGAUUUUUGUAAUAUAAACUAUCGGGUUUUGUGUGGAACAGCUCAACACGCACAAGUCAUACGUAUGACAUCGGCUCAUAAAUCACACCGUAUCGGCACACAGAUAUAUUUAUUUUCAUAUUAAUCAUAAUAGUUUAAUUAUACAGAGUAAGAAAGAAAUUAUUAGCACCCUACUUUUUUUUUUUUUUUUGAAAAAGUUUAGUUCCGUUAGGAGAGCACUCCCUUAGAUUCUAAUGAUUUCGAUGGCGCCCCGGAGGGCGGCGUCAGCUUUAAGUUAUGAAUGGUGUAGUGAUGAUGCAACUAUUGACUCCUCGGGUUUCUAAUGUCACCAUAUGUGUGCUUUGUAUAAUAAUGUACGAUUUGUCCUAUAAACACUGGCCGAAUCAAAGUAUUUGCUAAUCCAUGUUUACAGAAGUAACGAGUGGCAUUUAAAAGUCUUUCAGUUGCAUUAAUGUGAUUACAAGUGUAGCGUACUCGGUGCUCAUAGUUUAUGAAUGACUGAUUACACGUACGUAAUAAACGGCUUUUGUAAGCGUGCAUUUUGAAACAUGUUAGUCGAUGUGGCGACCUGCUGCUACAUGCGCCAUUUUAAUUGCCUUCAAAUACAGAAUGCACCGGCGUGUGUGGUGUUUAGUUACAUCGACACCGCCGCCUACAUUUAUAUAAUGUUGGUAACAGUGUCAGCGUGACCCAAUACACUAUAUACGACGUGUACACAUGCGGCCCGGCGGCCUCGUCGAGCACUAAGUCUACUUCGUAGUGAUAACCUUUUGAAAUGUUUCCUCACAGUAAUCGCACACGUCACUCAAACCACAAAAAGUAAUAUGAGAUAACUGCAACUCAUCAAUUGUAAUUAGAAUUUUAAAAUGUUUCAUAAUUGACGUAAUAAUGACAAAGGCGGAAUGCAGACAGCUAAAUAAGUUUAAAGUGAAAAAAAAAACAAGAGGUAGGCCGCAUGUGUACCUGAUUUUAAACCGUUGAUCCAUGGGAUUGCUACUAGGCGAUCAUAUUUUUUUAUUUCUGCAAACACUUUGUGUGUACAUUACAGAAAUCGUCAAAUUAUGAUACUGCGGCAAAUUAUGAUUCUCGUGUCAAAAGAUUAUGAAGUGUAUAUACAACACCAUAUAUGUAACAAUUAAAAACCGAUUCCUUGUUUAGUAUAUAUUCUUUAGCAUUAAAAUGAAGGAUAUAAGAUUAAACGUACAAUGAGAAAAUUAUUUCAUACUACCGCCAACUUGUGUUCGCAUUAUAAAUUCCAGGGCUAGAUAUAUCAUUUAAUUUAUGUGUAUAUUAGAUGAUGGGUCCUUGGGGGCGCCCAAUACGUAUGUAAAUUUAAUCAUGUCGAGUAUAUUAUAUAUGGUGAUGAGUAAAUAAUGCAUGUGAUGAGUAAUUCCUAAUGUCAAUCAGGUGAUUACAAAUAUAAUAAAAUAAAUAGAAUGUUCCCAAUAAUUAUUUUGUAAAUUAAUUAACCGAUGUGAAAUAUAUAGUGAAAUGGACACCCUACAGUUGUUUGGAAUAACUAGUCUAACCUUUGAGUUUUGGUUUAAUAACGAAGCCAUAAACUAAAAAUCUGUAUUUGCUUAACUAAGAUAUGGCUAUUAGCUUAUUAAUGAUGAUCACUGUACAGUCUGGUUACAGCCUACAAGUGUUUUUCAGUAUUAUCUAUUGGUAAUUGGCUCUCUUUCUCUCUCACCCUGAUUGCAUACUCGUCCAUGGAUCAACGGUCACCCACUUGAUAUAAUUUAUGAAACCAUAGUUAUAUACUAUUGCCAAUAGUUUUAAUAUAUAAAUAUGAAAGGAACAAUAACAUUUGGAUCUAUAGGAAAUUUUCCUUGGCACUGUGUUGAAUGAAAUGUUUGAUUUAUAAUUUUGUUAUGUAUUUUAUAUAAAUAAUAAUAAUACUAUUA